AUGCAUCAUUGGUCUACACACCACAAUUUCACACUUAUCAUGCUAGGCGCAGCUUACAACUUACUAGAAGUACUGAUUGUCCUAGUACCGAUCCUUCUUGCGGUAGCUUUCAUGACGAUCAUCGAACGAAAAGUUCUUGCAGCAAUGCAACGUCGUGUAGGUCCCAACAAAGUCGGUUACUACGGGAUCCUGCAACCCUUCGCGGACGCUCUUAAACUAGUAGUUAAAGAAACAGUUAUUCCAGCUCAAGCUACAAAAAGUCUAUUCUUCUUAGCUCCUGUUAUUACACUGAUCUUUAGUCUACUUGGAUGGGGAGUUAUCCCAUUCGGUGCAGGUCUAACACUCUCAGACUUCUCACUUGGUAUUCUAUACACACUAGCGAUUUCAUCAAUUGGUGUGUACGGAGUACUAUUCGCAGGUUGGUCAGCUAACUCUAAAUAUGCAUUCCUAGGUUCACUUCGAUCUACAGCUCAAAUGAUCUCAUACGAACUAAUUCUAAGUUCAGCGAUUCUUACAGUAAUCCUACUGUCUGGAUCAUUCAAUAUCAUCAGCAUUAUCGAAAGCCAAGAAGCUAUUUGGUACGUUGUUCCACUGCUACCGAUGUUUAUCAUCUUCUUCAUUUCAGCACUAGCUGAAACAAACCGGACUCCAUUUGACCUGCCAGAAGCAGAAUCAGAACUUGUUGCUGGAUUCUUCACAGAACACAGUGGUAUGAUCUUCGUGUUCUUCUUCCUAGGUGAAUACUGUUCUAUCGUGCUUAUGUCUACACUAACAGCAAUCCUGUUCUUUGGUGGAUACAACAUGCCUGAACUAUUCAUUAACGAUACAUUCAUUAAUCUGCAAUCUAUCGUACUAGGACUGAAAACAUGUGCAUUCUGUUUCCUAUUCGUUUGGUUCCGAGCAACACUACCACGACUCCGAUACGAUGCCCUUAUGGUAUUCUGUUGGACGGGAAUGCUGCCACUAGCCAUCGGGCUGGUUGUACUAGUUCCAAGUAUUCUGGUAGCCUUCGAUGUUACACCAUACUAG